AUGCGCGCUGCAAUUGUCCCUCGAGCCAACACAUGGCGAUUGAUAUCUGCUGGCUUCCUCCUUGUCCUUCUCUCACAAAUAGUUGGCCGUGCGGUAGCGACAACCAGCCCUCAAGUCCACGAUGACACCUUCGUCCCCGACCAUGUGCUUCGAGUCACCUCGGAAGAGAUUGGCAUUGGGGGCAUCAGGAGGUAUUCGACGCUCAUCAACGGAACUCUGCCGGGUCCUGAGAUUCACAUCCCAGAGGACAAGGUAGUGUGGAUCAGAGUGUACAAUGACAUGGAGGAUGGUAACUUAACCAUGCACUGGCAUGGCCUUGCCCAAGCAGCAGCCCCCUUUUCUGAUGGCUCCCCCAUGGCCAGCCAGUGGCCGAUCCCGCCGCAGCACUACUUCGAUUACGAGCUCAAGACGCCUCGGGGAACGGCCGGGACCUACUUCUACCACUCGCACGUCGGCUUCGCAACGGGCACGGCAAACGGGCCGCUGAUUGUCGACGACUCGGGGCCGGAGCCGUAUCCCGUCGAUGGAGACCGCAUCAUCCACAUCCACGAGCUGUUUAACCAGACGGACCAUACAAUCGCCGAGGGUCUGCGGGCGACGCCCUUUGUGUGGUCCGGCGAGACGGGAGGGUUCCUCGUCAACGGCAACACGAUAUCGGACUACCCCAUCGUCGACCGCGCCUCCUCCAAGCUGUCUGUCAUCGAGGUCGACCCUGGCAAGCUGUACCGGUUCCGUAUCAUUGGCGCCACGGCACUCUCGUACGCUGCCUUUGCCUUUCAAAACCACACGGACAUGUCCAUCAUCGAAGCCGACGGCCACUACACCAAGCCGUACGAGACGACGUUGAUGCAGGUCGGCUCCGGCCAGCGCUUCAGCGUGCUGUUCCGCGCAAAGUCGUGCGCAGAGCUCGAGGCGCUCCGCAAGCUCGACUUUUACCUGCAGCUGGAGACGCGUGACCGGCCCACGAGCGUCAUCAGCUACGCCGUGCUGCGAUACCGCAACACAUGUGCCAACUUGAAGCAUCGCCACCUCCACGACCUGCGGGUGUCGACGACGGCGCUGCCCAGGAUCAGGCCCCUGGACUUGCCGCCCACCAUCGAGGGCUUCCUCGACUACCAGCUGAAGCCGCUGUACCCCAACGACUUCCCGGCCGAUUCCGAGGUCAGCCGCCGCAUCUUUGUGAAUUCCCAGCAGCGGAUUGACGGAUACUUUCUGUGGACGGACAACAGCGUCUCCUGGACCGACGACCACUUCCAGAGGUCACCCUUCAUCAGCCCGGACGAGCCCUACCUGGUGUCCCUGUACAAGAACGCCAGCAAGUUCUUGCCGGACUUCCAGGCGUCCGUGUCCAACUACGGGCUUGACCCAGCCACCAAGACGUACCCUGCCAGACUGGGCGAGGUCAUCGACAUCAUCUUCCAGCAGGUCGGCGCUCAUUCGUACGACGGCUCGCCGGACGGAGGCCUCGAGACGCACCCUUGGCAUGCCCACGGCGAGCACUUUUAUGACAUUGGUGGCGGGCCGGGCGUGUACAGCGAAAAGGUCGCCCGGCAGCUGCGCCGCGGCACCCAGCCGGUGCUCCGAGACACGACGAUGCUGUUCCGGUACACGGCCCACGUCCAGCCGGACCAGCCGUGGGGAUGGCGGGCGUGGCGGCUACGGGUGCGGACUCCGGGCGUCUGGAUGAUCCAUUGCCACACGCUGCAGCACAUGGUCAUGGGCAUGCAGACCGUCUGGGUGUUUGGCGACGCCGAGGACAUUCUCGACGUCAAGUACCCGGACGUGACGGGGUAUCUCGAGUAUGGCGGGAACGUGAAUGGGAACUCAUCGCACUAUGUCGAGGCGGUGCAUUAUUUCGAGCCGGGUGACUGA